GCAGAAAAGUGAAACGAACUAGUGCCAUUCAUCUGGGAGUUUAGUGCAUGUAAAAAGCCACAAUGGCGGCCACUCUGCCGCCCAUCAACAAGUCUCCAAGUAUGAGCAGACAAGGAUACACCGUGCCAGCUCCCAAGGGGCCACCCAGUGGGAAGUUGAAACCACUGCGAAAAAUUGGAAAAACAGAUAGGGAAAUUUUAUUCAAACAAGAAGUUCUGAGACAACAACAGCCAGAUUUAUCAAAGAAACAAACAGCAAGCUACAGAAACACAUACAAACAUAACUUGUGUCUGGAUAUGUUACAAGAUGGAUAUCACAAGUCUUUCAGUGAACUUUUUGCACUUAUCAAACAACAAGAAGAGGAGAGACUUGCACAAGGAGAAGAAUCAUUAAUGUGGACACAAACAAUGUUAAAAGACAGACAUCAGGAAUUAAACAUGCUUAAAUUUCAUCUGACAAAAGCAGAGGAAGCUCACAGAAAAGGUGAUUACUCAGAAGUGUACCACAACAGAUACGAGCUUGCUCGCUACUUUCAGUCAACUGGAGACAAAUGGUUAUCAGAUCACUUCUUUAACACUUGUCUAGAAACUAGUAGUAACAUUCAAGGGGACGGAGGAAAGCUUCGAGCUCAAGGCUAUUACAAUGUGGGAGCUGCACUUGAAGAGAAUGGUCAAUACUUUGAUGCGGCUGAACAUUUCGAGAACUACUACAAACUUGCUGUUGAACACAAGGAGUGGAUCCAAGGGGAUGGAUUGACUUAUCAUACAGAUGCUUGUAUUAAUUUAAGUCGCAUUUACACAACCAUUGGUCAGAACUUGGAGGAGGAGGACCAACAGAAAUCACUUGAAUACCUCACCAAAGCCCAUAAAUUUGCCACAGAAAGCAAUGAUAGAGUUUUAGAGGGACAAGCUGCCUAUAGAUUAGGACAAGCCUAUGAUAAAAUUGGAGAGGGUGAAACUGCUUUAGAGUAUUUAACAAGCUACUUAGACACAUGUAAUGCUACAAAGGAUAGUGAUGGAAUAGGCAAAGCAUGUGAUGCUAUUGCCAAAUCUUAUGCCAGACAAGGCAAAUUAGAAAAAAGUAUAGAUUAUUUGAAAAAGUUUGUGGAGGUAACAGAGCAAAGUGGGGAGGAAAAAGGUCUCAGUAAAGCUUGUCAUAAUCUGGGAAACAUAUUCAAUUCUCUGGGACGUUAUGAUGAAGCAACAGAAUAUUUCAGUAAGGCCUAUAAUAUAGCCAGAUCUAUGUCAGACCUGGAGUCUAUCAACACAAACCGAGUCCAGUAUGGCAUAGCCAUGGCUCACAAAAUGUUGAAGGGAAUGAGUGAGCACAUCGUCAUGGGAACCAGACCCGCUCUGGAGAGACUCUGUGAAUGGAAAGAUUCCAGGACUGAUGAUUUCAAAAAGCCUUUCCCUGAGCCAAAACCUGAGGAGCCUUCUGCACCACCAACUCCCCAAGAGGAACAACAGGAAGCUGAAAAACCUGCAUCUGAAAAAGAAGAGACAGUAGAAGUAAAAGAUGAGACAGCAUAGGAAAAAACAGGAACUAGCUACAGGGAGAUAACUCUAUACUGAAAUUUGAGUGAUAUACCACUCAUUUCCCUUUAAUAAGAAAGGAAAAUUAAUUUCUGUGAUAUUUUAUGAUUAUUAAGAUAUGCUUUAUGCAUACUGAAUUUUGUUCCACAACAAGAUCAUAUAUAUGCUAAUUAUAUUGACAGUACUGUGCCUUUAUAUCACAUGAUAGUCUAUGGAAAUAAGGAGGCACAUUAUUGUUUGCAUUCCAUUCUUCUGAUUGUCAUUCUCUAUACAUAAUGUUGAUUGUAUAUUUUUGUUCUGUAAAUCCAUCAUUAAAUACAUUAUAUAUGU